AUGGCCACAUUUUCAAUUCGCACACUUCCCAACCCGGCCCCUUCUCACGAUGCACUACUCGAGUAUUCCUCGCGCCUCCAGGCACUUCGACUCAGAAGCCUGAAACAAGAUCCCAGUAGCUUCAUCUCUACCUACGAGAACGAAGUCGAUCAGCCUCAAGAAUUCUGGCUGCAGAGAAUACUGGACCCGAAGGCGAUUCAUCUGGUGGUUGUCCGCAACGACCCUGAAUAUGAUGCCUUGGACAAAGAAUCUGGUGGCUUGAUGAAAGGCGAAUGGGUGGGAUUUGUCGUCAUCAUCGCACCCGACUGGGACGAAGGCGAAAACCAGGGGCACGAAUCACCUCCGUACCUCAUGGCGGCGCUCUAUGUCACCUCAGACUGCCGAGGCCUCGGUCUUGGGAAGCGACUGGUGCAGGCAACCCUCGACACAGUCAAGCAGGCCGGGUCGGUCAAGAAUGUAACGUCUCGUUCUUGCAUUACCCAUGUUCGACAUGGGAACAAACAGGCGUUGGCAUUGUAUCAAAAGAUGGGUUUUCAGGCCAUCAAUCCGAAUGAACACACUGAGAAGGAAGGGAGAACAUAUAAUGUAACGACAUUAAGGAUCGAUCUUUAA